AUGAAAUUAACUGCAAUAGGAUCAUUGUCAAAAAGUCUAACAGAAAGAAGGAAAAUUACAGGGAAACCAUUGAAUGGUUGUGACUCAUUCAACGCGUUGAACAGAAAAGCAAGUGUUAAUGCAAAUUUUACUACCCAAACUGGAGAUUUGGUCCAAUAUUUAUUUCAUAACAAAGUACAAUAUCUAGUAUUUUUUAUGAGGAUUAUAGGGCAGGCUUUAAUUAUAUGA